AUGGGGACAGCUACAGUGGUCCAGGCAUCCUUGCCAUUACCACCUUACGACGCUGAAAUUAUCACUUUCGAAGAUACGCAGCAUCGGCCCUUACCAUCAAGCUUUGAAGACCUACUUGCUUUGCGGUCUGAAGAGCCGCCUACAGACGAAACCAUCGUGCAAGAUCCCGCUCUUAAAGUUGAGAACCUUCAGAUUCCCACCCCCGACGGGAUCAUUGAUGCUAUCGUUCUCUACAAACGUUUUCCAGCCAGCCUCCGAAUAUCUCGACCGGGUAUACUUUUUGUUCACGGAGGUGGGCGCGUGAUGGGAAACGUUUACGUUGGCCUCAAAAGCUUGGUGGACACUGUCAAAGACCUCAAUGCUGUGGUGAUUAGCAUCAGCUAUCGCCUUUCGCCUGAUUAUCCAGGUAUAUGCGCGGUCGAAGACUGUUACAACUCGCUACUUUGGAUGUCUACCAAUUUCGAGCGAUUCAAUGUUGACCCCGAUCGCUUCAUGAUUGCGGGAGUAUCGGCCGGCGCCGGUUUGGCGGCAGGAACAGCUCUGCUUUCGAGAGAUAGAUGCGGCCCCAAGCUUUGUGCGCAGCUGCUCAUAUGUCCCAUGCUUGAUGAUCGUUGCAGCACCAUGUCAUGUCGUCAAUUUGAGAAUGGGUAUGGAUUCUACACAGCGUGGGAUCGGUACGCAUGGUCUUGCGUACUUGGUGUGCAAGCGGGUACAGAUUAUGUUAGCUCAUAUGUAGCACCUGCGCGUGCUACAGACUUGUCGCGUCUUCCAUUGGCCUACAUUGAUGCUGGUUCUGGUGAACCAUUCCGGGAUGAAGUCAUUGCGUAUGCAACCACAUUAUGGAAGAGCGGGGUACAGGCACAUUUGCAUGUUUGGGGAGGUGGCCCUCACGGCUUUGAUCUGUUCUACGAGACCAGUCUCGCAUUCCAGGCGACUGCAACCAGAAACAAAUGGCUGAAGGAUUUCUUGCAAACAAAGUUAGACCCCGCAGGUUGCUAG